AACUAUCCACGGACCAGCAGAGCCUGUGAAUGUGCUGUUAUAUGACGACAAGGUUGUUGGUGCCACAGUCUGCAAAGGGCAGCAGGCGCUAUGCCAGACUCAGGGACCCACUGAUCCUCCUGCUGCGGUCUGAGCUAGGGCUGGCUUCCCUUCCUCCUUCAGGGACCUCUGGUCCUCGCAGGCACUGUAGCGAGGAUUCUUUACCCUAAUUAUCCCGGGAGGAAGACGCGCCUUUCUCAGAGACCGCUAGGCAACACUCACCACGGCAGCCUGCAGAUUACUUCCCUCUGUGGGUGUGCGACUUCGUUUAAGCGAGUCACACUUACAGUAGCUUGUCACUGGCGAGGCCGCGAGCAGCAGAGGGCGGGGGAGCGCAGGGCGGAGGGAGGAGGUGGGAGGCGCGGAGUCGGGAGGCUCGGGGAGACGCUGGAGCUCCAGACACAGCAGGAGCGAGCGAGCGAGCGAGCGAGCGAGCGCCGCGCGGGUGCAGUCGCCGGUUCGCCCUGGUCGCCGCGCACUCCGCCUCCGCGCUGAGCAGCGGGAACCGCAGCGGCUCGAGCCUCCGGGCUCUGCUGCGCUCUCGGGCCCGCGCUCCAGCCCGCUCCGCCGGUCGCACCGCCCCCGGCCGAGCUCAGCCCGCAGCGAUUUGACUUCCCUCUGCCAGCCUCUCCAGUUCUCUAGAUCGCUUGCUGCCUGGGCUCCACUCUACUCGGUGUUUGCCACACACCGUUUGCUCUACUCUUCUCCCCUUGAUCCGUAGACACUCUGCUUGAUUCCCCCCUCCUCCCUCCUCUCUGUCUCUCUCUCUCUCUCUGUCUCUCUCUCUGUCUCUCUCUCUCUUUUAUUGAAAACAUCAUCUUGAUUUAAGAUGACUCGUCUUCUUUAAUCUCGUCCAUAUCGGCACUGAAGACUGAAAGGGAACCUUCACCACCACUCCGACCCUGGUGGCACUUAAAAAAAAAAAAGAAGAAGAAGAAGAAGGGGGGUGCCAGAAAAAGAAAAAGUCUUAAAGGGCAAAGAAGCGGGACUCCCGACCCUCUACAGACCCUUGACCGAGCCCACCCAGGACUGUACUAGCCAUCAGAACUUCUAAUUCAUCUUAUCCAACUGAAAGGGAGGGCGACAGGAGCCAGAAGCAAACUUCUUCAGCGGUCUCUGCGGAUCUGUGAUUCCCGCAUUUAGAGGGGUCGAGAGCCAGAAGGUACAGGACCCCACCAGGAGGAGGAGUUCCACGUCUCUCUCGCCCCUUCCACCAAGCCUGAACCUUAGGCUGAGCCACGCAGGACACAAGAGGCAGAAGAGGGUAGUAGAAAAUGCGGGGCUCCGGGCCCCGCGGUGCGGGACACCGACGGACCCAGGGCAGAGGUGGCGGCGACGACACCCCCCGCGUCCCUGCCUCUCUGGCAGGCUGCUAUUCGGCACCUCUAAAGGGCCCCCUCUGGACGUGCCUUCUCUUGUGUGCGGCGCUCCGGACCCUUUUGGCCAGCCCCAGCAACGAAGUGAAUUUGUUGGAUUCGCGCACUGUCAUGGGGGACCUUGGAUGGAUUGCUUUUCCAAAGAACGGGUGGGAAGAGAUUGGUGAAGUUGAUGAGAACUAUGCCCCCAUCCACACAUACCAAGUGUGCAAAGUUAUGGAACAGAAUCAGAAUAAUUGGCUGUUGACCAGUUGGAUCUCUAACGAAGGUGCUUCCAGAAUCUUUAUUGAACUCAAGUUUACUUUAAGGGACUGCAACAGCCUUCCUGGAGGACUGGGGACUUGUAAGGAGACAUUUAACAUGUAUUAUUUUGAAUCAGAUGAUGAGAAUGGGAGAAGUAUCAAAGAGAACCAAUACAUCAAGAUUGAUACCAUCGCUGCAGAUGAGAGCUUCACAGAACUUGAUCUUGGUGACCGUGUCAUGAAACUGAAUACAGAGGUCAGAGAUGUCGGACCUCUGAGCAAAAAGGGAUUUUAUCUUGCUUUCCAAGAUGUCGGUGCUUGCAUUGCUCUGGUUUCUGUCCGUGUCUACUAUAAAAAGUGUCCCUCUGUAGUAAGACACUUGGCUAUCUUCCCUGACACUAUCACUGGAGCAGAUUCAUCACAGUUGUUAGAGGUGUCAGGCUCCUGCGUCAACCAUUCUGUGACAGAUGAUCCUCCCAAGAUGCAUUGCAGUGCUGAAGGGGAGUGGCUGGUUCCCAUUGGGAAAUGCAUGUGCAAGGCUGGAUAUGAAGAGAAAAAUGGUACCUGCCAAGUGUGCAGACCUGGGUUCUUCAAAGCUUCUCCUCACAGCCAGACCUGCAGCAAAUGUCCACCUCACAGUUACACCCAUGAGGAAGCUUCCACCUCUUGUGUCUGUGAAAAGGAUUAUUUCAGGAAGGAUUCUGAUCCGCCCACAAUGGCAUGCACAAGACCCCCCUCAGCUCCUCGGAAUGCCAUCUCAAAUGUUAAUGAAACUAGUGUCUUUCUGGAGUGGAUUCCGCCUGCUGACACUGGCGGACGGAAAGAUGUGUCGUAUUAUAUUGCAUGCAAGAAGUGCAACUCCCACGCAGGUGUGUGUGAGGAGUGUGGCGGUCAUGUCAGGUACCUCCCCCAGCAAAUCGGCCUGAAAAAUACCUCUGUCAUGAUGGUGGACCUACUUGCUCACACAAACUAUACCUUUGAAAUUGAGGCAGUGAACGGAGUUUCCGACUUGAGUCCAGGCACCCGGCAGUAUGUGUCUGUAAAUGUAACCACGAAUCAAGCAGCUCCUUCUCCAGUCACCAAUGUGAAAAAGGGGAAGAUUGCAAAGAACAGCAUUUCUUUGUCUUGGCAAGAGCCAGAUCGCCCCAAUGGAAUUAUCCUGGAGUAUGAAAUCAAGUACUUUGAAAAGGACCAAGAGACCAGUUACACAAUUAUCAAGUCUAAAGAGACCAGUAUUACAGCCGAGGGCCUGAAACCUGCAUCUGUGUAUGUCUUCCAAAUUCGAGCACGUACAGCAGCAGGCUACGGCGUCUUCAGUCGAAGAUUUGAGUUUGAAACCACACCAGUGUCAGUUGCAGCAUCUAAUGAUCAAAGCCAGAUUCCCAUCAUUGCAGUGUCAGUGACAGUGGGAGUCAUCUUGUUGGCAGUGAUGAUCGGCUUCCUCCUCAGUGGCAGUUGCUGCGAUUGUGGCUGUGGGAGGGCUUCUUCCCUGUGCGCUGUUGCCCAUCCAAGCCUAAUAUGGCGGUGUGGCUACAGCAAAGCAAAGCAGGAUCCAGAAGAGGAAAAGAUGCACUUUCAUAACGGGCACAUUAAACUGCCAGGAGUCAGAACCUAUAUUGAUCCGCACACUUAUGAAGAUCCCAAUCAAGCUGUUCAUGAAUUUGCGAAGGAGAUUGAAGCUUCAUGCAUCACCAUUGAGAGAGUGAUCGGAGCAGGUGAAUUUGGUGAAGUUUGCAGUGGACGUUUGAAACUACCUGGAAAAAGAGAAUUACCUGUGGCUAUCAAAACUCUUAAAGUAGGCUAUACUGAAAAGCAGCGCAGAGAUUUCCUGGGUGAAGCAAGUAUUAUGGGGCAGUUCGAUCAUCCAAACAUCAUCCAUCUAGAAGGUGUUGUGACUAAAAGCAAACCUGUGAUGAUAGUGACAGAGUACAUGGAGAACGGCUCCUUAGACACGUUUUUAAAGAAAAACGAUGGGCAGUUCACUGUGAUUCAGCUUGUUGGCAUGCUGAGAGGCAUCGCUGCAGGAAUGAAGUACCUUUCUGACAUGGGCUACGUGCAUAGAGACCUUGCUGCUAGAAACAUCUUAAUCAACAGUAACCUUGUGUGCAAGGUGUCUGACUUUGGACUUUCCAGGGUACUGGAAGAUGAUCCUGAGGCAGCCUACACCACAAGGGGAGGCAAAAUUCCAAUCAGAUGGACUGCCCCGGAGGCAAUAGCUUUUCGAAAGUUCACCUCUUCCAGUGAUGUCUGGAGCUAUGGCAUUGUAAUGUGGGAAGUUGUAUCUUAUGGAGAGAGACCCUACUGGGAGAUGACCAAUCAGGAUGUGAUCAAGGCAGUAGAAGAAGGCUACCGCCUGCCAAGCCCCAUGGAUUGCCCUGCUGCUCUCUAUCAAUUAAUGCUGGAUUGCUGGCAGAAAGAUCGAAACAGCAGGCCCAAGUUUGAUGAAAUCGUCAACAUGCUGGACAAACUGAUACGAAACCCAAGUAGUCUGAAGACACUGGUGAAUGCGUCGAGCAGAGUGUCUACAUUGUUGGCAGAACAUGGUUCUUUGGGGUCUGGGGCCUACAGAUCAGUAGGUGAAUGGCUGGAAGCAAUCAAAAUGGGUCGGUACACAGAGAUUUUCAUGGAAAAUGGAUACAGUUCAAUGGACGCUGUGGCUCAGGUGACCUUGGAGGAUUUGAGGCGCCUGGGAGUGACUCUGGUCGGUCACCAGAAGAAGAUCAUGAGCAGCCUUCAAGAGAUGAAGGUGCAGAUGGUAAACGGGAUGGUGCCAGUGUGACCCGCGCAUGGGUCACUUCUCCAAGUGAACAACUCAGCACUUUGUAAACAACCCUGAGAUUUAUUUUAACAGAGAAAGGGGAAAGGGUGGUUUCUAAACCUUUGGAGGCAUUUGCCUUAACCUUUGAGUUUAUAAUCAAUAUUUUACUAAAAUCUCCAGAUCUUCCUCUUAAUCCACAAUGUACAGGUAACCUGCAAAGAGAGCUAACAUGACGAUCAACAUCCUUUAUUAAAAUAGUAACGAAAUCUUCCCCACUUCUUCCAUGGAGUCUUGUACAGGAAAUGUAUCAAGCUAGAGCACCUUUAGAGACUGUUAAGGCAGCCCCUUUCAAAACUUCCAGGGAUCAACUUGAAAGGAAAAGUUUUAAAGCCAUGUGUGGGCUAAGAAAAGCUGCAUUUUACUGACGUUUACUUCAAGUCUUAAUUGUCUACAUGAGUGUAUUGAAGAGCAAUAUGAUUAGAUUAUUUCUUAAAUAGACUUUGUAAUUUAAAAUGAAAUUACAUGUUGUUAAGUUAUAGAAGAUAGUUUAUAAACAUGUUGCUUGGUCAAGGAAAAGUUCAAUACAGGGUGUAUAUUUAUUUUUCUGUGUUAGAAAAUUUACUUUUAGUUGCUCUUCUAGAGAGUAUUAGGUAAUGAAUGUGUAUAUAUGUAUAGUUUGCAAUAUAUGCAGGAACUGACUUACAUCGAAAUUGUGUGUGUGUGUGUGUGUGCGUGCGUGCGCGUGUGUAUGUGUAUGUAUUUGAAUAUGUGGAGGGUAUUUUUUUGCUUGCCUUUUGGAUAGUGUUUUAAUUUUGACGACAUACAGGAAAGUGUCUUCUAGACUCUAUCAUGGGUAAAAGAGUAGAAAGCCGUAGACCAAAUUCCCAUCCAAGUUGGUAUCUUAUGCUCUCAUUUUUAAAGCAACUAAUUAGUUUAUUUAAACAGCUAAUGCCUCUAGACUAAAUUCCCUUUGGAUUUUACAAACACUCCCUACCUGCCUGUGACAGAGAAGUUCUUACCAUUAAUCUUUCAUGCUUCUUUGAAAUUCCACCUAAGUUCCUGAAAAUAUCUUCUAAAGCAAAUUUGACACAAAGGGCACACUUGUGAAGAAGAAGAGAGAUGUGACUGCGCUGGCUUCUGUUACCAUCCAAUUCAGGCAGAGGGUACUCUAUAUCUCCCUUCAUGUUUAUCCAUUUGUGACCACUUCCACUGUGACUCAUUCACAGAGAGUUUUAUACUAAGACAGCAUUAAAAAGUGAAGAAAAAUUAUGAUUUGCUCAGAAUUUUGUUUCAACUUUCUUUUCAUUGAUAACUGUGUACUUUGUAAUUACAUUUUGUCCUCCAUACAUAAAGGUGAAUAUGCUUGGAAAAAAACAAUGUGAAGUAUCUUAAGAAUUAGAAAUUUUAGGCGGUUUAUGAUAGUCCUUCAGUAUAUUUUAUAUAUUACAGCCGGAAAGGGGUGAUGCUUAUGGAAAAAAUCCAUGCAGUUUAUUUAAAUGUUCAUAUGAGUGAGCAUGGUAGUAAGAAGAACAAUAUUUUAUAUUAUUAUGCUGAAUAAAAUCUGGAGAAUGGUAUGUGAUAUUUGAGGAGCAAGGAACUUAGGUAACAACUUACACUACUACAUUGGAAAAAACAUAUAUGAGUGGAGCGAGAUCUGCAGGGGACAUGCAAGUAUUUUGUGAGCACUACUCCUUUUUCUCUUAUAGGUAUAUGUUUCACUUCAAUAUUAACCCAUAUAAGAAAUAAACGGGGGACUUACUAUUUAGUCCCCCUUUAUUUAAAGGGUAAAAUAGCUCCUUGCUAAAUAAGGAAAGAUCAAACUUACAAAAGGAUGUGAAGCAUCUAACCAUUUUCUAUAUUACACAACUAUUCUCCUCUCUGAAUAACACUGUAAAUCCACACUGUGUUCAGGAAUUAUCUAUUAGUUUAGUGACCAUUUCAGAACAUAUUGAGAGUAGUUUAAUACUAUCUUGGUAAACAUCGCAGAGAGAUAUCAUUAUGAAAGCACAUUUACAUACUUAAAUAAACAUAAAGUCAGAGAAAUUAGUUACCAUUGUACAAAUAAUUUUAUUUGAAUCUAAGUGAUAGAGUAGUGUUGAGAACUUCAAGACAAAAAGUCAUUUACAGAUAAACAUUUUAGAGCUUUUACAAGGCACAACUCUGAAGAAUAAAAAAUGCAUUCUAAUUUGUUUUCUAACUCUGUAUGGUCUGAGAUUAUUGGUAGACAUAUACCUAAGAGGCUGGCUGUUAGAGUGAUGAUUUCAUUUUCUCAAAAUAGAAUAUAAAUUAAUUUGAUUCAAAUUUAUUUCCCUUUGCAAUUCAAGGGUUACACGCAGAGAGUAAUUCAGAAGGGAAUCUGAAUAGCCACACAGCUUUCAUGCAUACCUCGGUUUGUUUGAGGGUUUCUAAAGACUGUCACUCUGAUUUUAAAAGAAAUAGACUUUUAAAUUAGAAGUGCUCUGUCUCCCAAAGAGGAGAGAAAACCUUUCUAAAAUAUUUGUUCACCACUGGAUGUGUCACCAAUUGAAAAGUGCCAAACUCAUUGAUCAAUGUGAGAAGCGCAGCAGGGAGAGGAGCCAGCUCUCUUGAAAUGUAGUGAGUCUGCUGUUCAGCACAAGACUCGGGAAAUCCUCAUGGUGUGAAUCCGCUUCCUGUGGCUUCAUUUCCUUACCCAUGGACUCCCAAAAAUAAAGCAUAAGGUUCCAUAAUCUGCACACAUAUGAUUGAUUUGUAAAAAUGAUAUGUAUCUGUAUUGUAAGAAGGAACAACCAGGAAUCGUCCUAUUUGAAGUCAUUUGGUUACUAUGGUUAUCAAUCAUAAGUGACAUCUAAUCUUGCCAUUCACUAGUUUGUGCGGUGACGUUUCUUUCCUCUCUUUGAAAUGUAUCAGUUGUAUGUAAAAUGUAAAGAUACUGAUUUUCGCCUCUUAAAAAAUGAUAAUGUGCAUGUGUUUUUAAUUUCUGUGUUUUAUUAACCAAGCCAGUGUUCUAAAGUAAUAGGUUAAUUGUACGAGUUACAUAGAAACAUUUUAUCAAAAAUUAAGUGUGUCUAGAAUUUUGGAAUUGUCACAAAUAAUGCAAAAUACCCUUAGCUCUGUUUAUAAAACAAUACUAACCACUAUAUAAUAAAAGAGAUGCAAGUUCACAUCUCCUGUUAAGUGGAGCUGUUACUAUCAGUUGAGCACUUAUACAUUUGCAUGUCUGCAAUUUAAAUUCUAUGUCGAAGUGAAAGGCAGUAAAGAAGAUAUGUGUACGCCCACUGAAGUGGGUUUUCAGAAGCACAAUGAAAACUAUUCACCUUUGGAAGGUGUUUUGGUGAUGAUGGUACAUUAGAUGGAAAGAGAGUCUGGUGUUAGAGACUUAGUAGGUAUAGAAUGUUGCAUAGUAGUAAAUAUCUCUUCCUUAUUUUAUUCUUUCUAAACAUUAAAAGGGAAAGUGAAUGUGAUGAUGAAUUGUCUUUGUUUAAACAUUGCCAGAUAUUUAACCUCAAUGUAAAUAAGAUGUAGGGAUAAUAUGAUGGUGAUGAUGAUCCUAUAACGAACGAAUGAACAGAAUCAGAAUGGCAACUUUAUUUGAAAUUUGAUAGCUGAACAAGUCAUCACUUUUUUUUUUUUCUGUGCACUGGCACAGCUGGUUACAUUGAAUAUUUUUCCUUCAUUAUGCUGUUAAUUACAUAGUAAUGUAUCAGGAAAGAAAUAGAUAAAACUUUCUGCUCAUUUCUUGUUAAUUUCUAAGUCUUUUCACACAUCAAUGAUUGAGUGUUCUUAUUCAGAAUGACCACGUAAUUGUCACAUAGAAGAAGCUGCUAUUUCUUUUAAAAAUGUCUGUUUAUAAUAACCAAACUCAAAUUCAUUUUCUCAAUGUUAAUAGGGAAAAAAAAGAAGUUGGCAAAAAAUACGUUCCAUCUUUGCAAGCUGGGUGCUAUAUUCACUGAAGUUUGAGUGGUCAACUAUUUGUGAAUAUUUAGACUACUGUAGUUUUCAAUUAAUUAUGUAAAAGUAUAUAUAUACUGAAUUUGUAACAAUCUGAGACUAAACUCAGACUCUGUCCUUUGAGAAUAUGUUGAUCAAAAUCCCAUGGUUUCAGGUAGGCCAGAGACAUCUGUGCAGCCUGUCUGACUCUUUCACAGGCAUCAGGAUAUCUUGUGUUCCUGCCUCAGGAUGAAUUCAGGAAGGAUAACCAGUUUUGUAUUGGUUCCCAUCUGCAUUUGUUUGUGCUUUCAGUUUGUGUACAUGUUUUUGUAGUGUAAGAUAUUAAAUUUUAUAUUUUUUCAGAAAAUAAAAAACAUUUGAAUAUAGAAAAAAUUGAUUGUCCUACUUGGUAUCCCCUAAUAUAUUAAAUGGACAGCCUUUUUAUAGGAAUUUUAUUCUCAGAAAAUGUUUGCUUUUCUGAGUUAUAAAUGUGAUUACUUUAUGAAGUUAUAAAGUUUUGAGUUAUAAAGAUGAUCAUAUACAUUCUCCACAUAAAACAUAUUGCUGAAUAUACAUUCAAGCGAUUUGGCACAAAGACACUGACUGAGAUUACAGAACCUUACCUUUCAUUUAUGGUGACAAUGUAAUCCAAAAUGCACUUAAGGAAAACAAAACACCAAAACAGAAACAAACAAACAAACAAAAAAACAGAAACCACAUAAAGAAGUAAAUAAAAAUCAAAAAUUAUAUGCUAUUUGUAUCACCUACAAAAGAACACAUUUUUGCGACUGAUGUCAGAUGGAGACAAGCUCAUCACUAGGCUCUGCUAUCUGCUCUGUCACUACGUAAGAAUAAAAAAUUUACACAAGAAGGGGAAUAAGAAGCAAGGCUCAUUAUUUGUAAGUAUGAUAUCAUAAUGAUCUUUGAAAAAUGACAAGAAAGACCUCUAUUCUAGGGAUUGAAUUGUGUUUGUACUUGGGGAAAUUACAACAUAGAAAAACAACACACUGCACUUAUAGAAUAAAAAUAAGUAAAGCUGACAUUUAAAAUUUGGAAGAAUUAGGAUUCUUUGCUGACUCAGCGUUUAUUUUCAUAUGUUACUCACAACUCGGUGUCAUUUAGACUUACACUGUUCUUACUGUAUUACAGAGUUAAAGAUCCUGUUUAAAUCAGUUUCCUGAUCUUAUAUUCACUCUUCACUAAACAGAAGUAAUAGGGUAGCAAGUAAUUAAUGAAGAAGAAAUUCUAGAUUGGAAAUGUUCACUUUAACCUUUGAGAUGCUAUGCAUAACCUAAUUGACAUCCAGGGCUACCAGGGCCUUCUUUGAACUCUACAGACAUCAGAGAGGUACACAAGAGGGAGAGUAAAACACACACACACACACACACACACACACACACACACACACUAUACAUACAUGCAAAUCACUCAUACAGAUGAAAUAAAAUGAUUUAAGAUGUUAUAAUGAAUACACUUUUUCAUUUUUAUACAAAAUAUUUUGCUCAUAUUACUUCUCCUCUCUCAACUCAUCUAAGAUACUUCUAUUUGCUACCUUCCCAACAUCAUAUUCUCUUUCUCUUUAAGACAACAAAACAUGCACACACACACACACACACACACACACAAAAGAAAAAGCUACAAAAACUACAAAUCAUGGGUUUUAUUUUGUGUUGGCCCCCUUUCCUGAAAAAGAGGCCUUCCUGGAGGGGUGGGUGGCAUAGCCAGUGUCACUGUAUCAAAGAUAAAAACCUUUUCUCCCUCCCAGUAGCUACCCAUAGCAAAAAGGUUCUUAGUUCUGAGCAGAACUUCAUGUCCACUUUCCCUUCUCCAUGCUGAGAUUUUGUCUGGCUUGAAUUUUUUGCAGGUCAUUUGCAUUAUCAAAUACAACAGGGAUUGUGCACCUGGGAACUUAUAGAAUAUAUUCAAUUUAAAGUGCCCAAGAGAUUCUAUGUUCCCCAAAAAGGAAACAUUACUUCAGGUUCACAACACGAUUUUGAAAUAAUAGGUUUAUGCACACAAUUUUAAAGUACCGUAUUAUUUACUGUUAUUAUUAUACUGGAAUGCACACUAAAUCCCACGUGACUCCUAAAAGUUGAGUGUCUAAAAUAGUUAGUAAAGGAAAUGAUUUUUAGCUCUAAAUAUUGUGUAUAUGAGAAGCUAUCCCAAUAAAAUAAAAGAAAAUCACUAUGAAUCAUAUUACCUAAUGCAAGUAUGCCAAAGCUGAGCCUAGUCCAGAACAGAAUUUUUCUCAGUAGAUCUUAUGCUAUAUCUACCUUAGGGUCAAUGUAUGUGAUUCUUCUUUUAUCAAGAGCUCUCCAUACCCCAAAUCAUUCAAUAGCUUGAGAUCCUUUUUCUCACAUUAUCCAAUUAAAGGUCUUUUCUGUCUGGCUACUCCCUAAGCACAUCUAGAUAUUACUCUCUGACAUAUAAUUUUUUAAUUACAGAAUUUAAUAUCUUUAAAAUAAUCUUACACAUUUGUAUUUUUUUUUUUACUUUAAAUCCCAUUUUCCAGUUUCUCCUCCAGAAACCCCCUAUUCCAUCCCCCGCCCCCUGCUUCUAUGAGGGUACUCCCCACCACACCCACUUUCACAUCCUGGCAUUCCCCUAGAGUGGGGCAUCUACCCUUCACAGGACCAAGGGCCUCCCUUCCCACUGAUAUCUGACAAGGCCAACAUGCAGCUGGAGCUAUGGGUUCCUCCAUAUAUGCUCUUUGAUUGUUGGUUUAGUCCCUGGGAGUGGAUGGUUGAUACUGUUGUUCCUCUUAUGGGGCUGCAAACCCCUUCAGCUGUUCAGUUCUUUUUCUAACUCCUCCAUUGGGAACCCCGUGUUCAGUCCAAUGGUUGACUUCAAGCACUAACAUCUGUAUUUGUCUGACUCUGGCAGAGCCUCUCGGGGGACAGCUCUAUCAUGUCCUGUCAGCAAGCACUUGUUGGCAUCUGUAUUAGUGUAUGGGUUUGGUAACUAUAUAUGGGAUGGAUACUCAGGUGGGGCAGUUCUGGAUGGCCUUUUCUUCAGUCUCUGCUCCACAUUUUGUCUCUGUAUGUCCUUCCAUGGUUAUUUUGUCCCCCCUUCUAAGAAGGACUGAAAUAUCUACACUCUGGUCUUCCUUCUUCUUGAGCUUCAUGUGGUCUGUGAAUUGUUUCUUGGGUAUUCCAAACUUCUUGGCUAAUAUCCACUUAGUGAGUACAUAUCUGUGUUCUUUUGUGAUUGGGUUACCUCACUCAGGAUGAUAUUUUGUAGUUCUAUCCAUUUGCCUAAGAAUGUUAUGAAGUCAUUGUUUUCAGUAGCUGAGAAAUUUGUAUUUCUAUUAAGUAUGUUUGUUGUUCCUUUGGGGAUAUAAUUUGAUAAAAGCAGAAAUCAAGUAACCCUGUGUUUUGUUUUGCUUUGGUUUGGUUUGGUGUUUCUUGGUUUUGGCUAUUGUGAUCUUGUUAAAUAACAUAAGUUUGUGGCAAGUAACAGAAAUUAUUUUAAAUUUGAUAGAUGAAAGAAAGAAUAAAUUCUCUAUUACAUUACAGCAUUGAUUAAGUAUAGAUAAAUGCUGGACUUUUAAAUGGUAAUCUAUGAAGUGGUGAAUGAUAAUAAUUUUUGAACACUCAUUUAUGGUGGGAAGCAUGCAAAAAUAUUCUUGAAGGCCUAGAUCCUUUAUCACUUGAUUAAUCCUAAGCUUUGAUUAGCUAGUUCUAGUUUCCCAUUACCUUUAAUCACAGGACACAUUGAAAACAACAUAUGCCUUAAAGAAUCUGCAUUUCAGAUAUAAUCUCUCUUGACCUCCAUUGUGGAAAUGAGUGCAAAUUACUCCUGGUAGUUUGGAUCAAUUCAUUUGAACAUUGUCUUUACUUUCUAAAUCUGUUUAUUUAAGGACCCCAGAAAACCAAGGUCUCCAGGAGAAACUCUUAGCUUCCAGUUUAAUAGGUUUGUUGGGUGUCCUGGGAGAAGCAUCCCUCUACCCAAACAAAAUCAACAAAUAGACCAAAAAAAAAAAAAAAAAA